AUGAAAUCUCCAACAACUCAUGUCAGCUUAGCCAUCAAUCCUCAUCAGUGUUCCAUCUGCUUCAAAUCUUACAAGCGACGGGAGCAUCUCCAACGCCAUCGCAGUUCCCACUCCGCCGACCGCCCCCAUCGAUGCCCGGCCUGUCCGAGUACCUUCCAGCGAGCCGAUGUCCUACGACGACACCUCCGAACCUGCGACCGCAUUAUUUCCACCGCUUCUCAGGGAGCGACGCGCCGACGCGCUUGUGAUCGCUGUGUGCGUCAAAAGAAAGCGUGCAACAACGCCCGACCGUGCCAGAACUGUUCCAAGAAGGGAGUGGAGUGCGCUUAUUCCACACCGAAGAAUGAUACACUGGCGGUCGAGGACCUAGCUUCCACGUCAGCUUCUCUAGGUCGUGAUAGUAGUGUUCUGGCAACGGCGAGUGUUGAUCUGUGGACGCCCCGCACCGAAGACGACGAGCGGCUGGACAGCACUGGAUUCGACCCUCUCGCCUGUCCUGAUCUCGAUCUUCUGCAAUAUUCCGACCAGACAUGGCAACAUUUGUUCAAUUUGGGUGGGGAGGAUCUCAUUGUGACGAGCGCCGAUCGCCCCUACUUCUUCCAUUUCCUGGACACUUUCACCAGUCGGACUGGCUUCGUCUCGUCCUUUGAAUGCGGAACAUUGGAGCAGAGACUGGACGUCCUUUAUAACAUAGAGGAGAAAGAACGGCUCACUGCCUCUUUUUGGGACAUUAAUGUGGACCAAUCCAGCAAUCGAGACAGCAGCAACUCGUACGGAGUCUCAUCGCAAUGGCUCAAUGACCCGCUGGCGCUCCAGACACAUCAGAUUCUCCUCUUACUUAAGGAGGUCGUCACGAUCAAGCCGCGUAAUAGUUGUGUGACCAUCUCGUGGUCUCAGGAUAUUGAGCAACUAUGUUUGCAGUUCUUCUCUCCUUCCAGUCUCCGGAAGUAUAUUGAACUCUAUUGGUCGAUCUGGUCUCCAAACGUGAACUUCCUCCAUCGACCAAGUUUCAACCCGGCGAGCUCCAAGCCCAUUCUUCUGGCAUCUAUGGCCAUUAUUGGGGCCUGUGUUUCGCCAAACCUUCAAGAUAACGACAAUGCGCGGAUGUGGUUCAAUUGUGUAGAAGAGGCUGCUUUUGCCGAUGAUGACUUCAACCGGGAUCCCGUCUCACCGUUCCACCCUGUUCGGGACAGACAGAAGAUCCAAGCUCUUCAGGCCGCUUACAUGGUCUGCUUGUACCAAAAUUGGGAAGGCACUGAUGUCAGCAAGAAGCGCAUUCGUCGACAUCGCUUUAGCACCGUCCUUUCGAUUGUUCGUGAUCUUGAUAUCACGACAGCGCGACAUAUCGACUACAACUCGAAACACAGGGAUGAGUUUGACUGGAACGAAUUUGUCGCCAGGGAAGAGUUGAUCAGGACUUUUAUCUGGGUCUUCCUGAUGGAUACGGCGUUUGUUACUUUCAACAAUCUGCCACCACGGAUGGUUGUUAAGGAAAUGAAGAUGCACGUGGCAGCCCCCGAGUCUUGUUUCCAAGCAUCUACGGCCGAUCAGUGUUACGAUGCAAUUCAGAAUUGGAUGCCUUCUACGAGCCUCUGUUGGAAGUUUUCCUUCCGUGCACUGUUCGAGACUCUGUGCAUGGACGACCUGACAGCGGAGAUGCAACAAGCCGUGGCAGCCCUGGGUCCCUUGAAUCUCUUCACGAUCGUCUCUGGUAUUCACUCUUUGGUAUUCCAGUAUCAAAGUUUCUUCAGCGCAGGGCAUCUUCUCCUACGGACCCAUAACGCGCUGCGAAACUUCAAGAAUAUUUGGCACCUCCAUGAAACCACAAUAAUUGGGCGAUUGCCGCAUUCGACGGUGGAUGAGCGCAAUUUAGACGCAGAAACCAUGUGGCAGCGAGUGGGAUUCUGUCGCCACGCGGGCGAUUUCUGGCUUCUUGCAAGUGUCAAAGUCGACCGACUGUCUGCAGCGGAGGCAGAGCAGCACAAGGCGAUCGGAGGAGAACUCGUGCCCGAGGACAGUGAACAGAGCGAUCCCAUUCUAUCUAAAUACGAUCAAACAAGUAUGCGCCAAGUCAAUGAACUCAUUUCGGAGUUCCAAAGAGUGCACCUCGGCGACAUGCCCACCGCUUAUCGUCGCUCAAAUAUGCCACCAUAUUUUGACCAGUGGCGAUUUCCGAACCCACGAGUGGGAUGUACUACCCGUCUUCCCACCACCACCUCCGACACCCCCGCCUCCUCCUCCGAUCCGGGGUGCAUCCCACUAGUGCUCCUUGGGGCUGUCGGAGCCCUUGUCUUUCUGGUGUUCCGUCUGCUAUCCAUAGGUCGACGGCCCAAGAACUACCCUCCUGGACCUCCGACCUUACCUCUCAUUGGUAACAUUCAUCAGAUGCCCACUCGCGAUGCCCAUCUGCAGUUCCAGAAGUGGGCACAAGAAUACGGGCCCAUCUACAGUCUGAUUCUCGGGACCAAGACCCUGGUCGUACUGUCGAGCGAUGAGGCUGUCAAAGCCCUGUUGGAUAAGCGAAGUGCGAUCUACUCGCACAGACAGGAAAUGUACAUCGGCCAAACGCUAUGCAGCGGAGGCCUUCGAUUGCUCAUGAUGGGAUACGGCCCAGUAUGGCGAGGAUUUCGCAAAAUGGUUCAUGCUCUCCUCAAUGUGACCGCGGCCAAGUCCUACGUCCCUUACCAGAUGCUCGAGAACAAACAGAUGAUGUACGAGUUUCUCACUCAGCCCGAGCGGUUCCUGUACAGCAUUCGUCGCUACUCCAAUGCCCUAACCACCACUAUGGUCUUUGGGUGGCGCACGCCGACCUACGAGGACGAGAAAAUGAAGCAGCUUUUUGACGGCUUCUCUGAGUUUGCCGAGAUAAACCAGACCGGAACAGCUGCGCUUAUUGAUUUCUUCCCGUGGUUGAGAAGGCUGCCGGACUUUAUGCUCCCGACGCAGAAGAAGGCCAAGGAACUCCACCGGCGGGAGAAGGCUCUGUAUCUAGGCCACUGGCUGCGAGCAAAACAGGAUAUCCGCGACGGAAAGAUUAAGCCCUGCUUCUGUGUGGGUCUGGCCGAGGCCCAAAAGUCCGACGGAUUCAGUGACGACCAGGCCGGAUAUAUCUCGGGAACUUUGUUGGAGGCAGGCUCCGACACCACCUCCAGCACUCUAUAUGCGUUUGUUCAGGCGAUGCUGCUCUUCCCCGAGGCGCAACGCAAGGUCCAAGAGGAGAUUGACCGCGUCGUGGGUCCCGAUCGCAUGCCGACAAUGGAUGAUGAGCAGGACCUGCAGUAUGUUCGCGCUUGCAUGAAAGAAUCCCUGCGCUGGAUGCCCACGACCAUUCUCGGCGCGGUACCGCAUGCCGUCACGCAAGAUGACGAGUACAUGGGGUAUCUUAUCCCAAAGGGGGCUGGUGUCAUUAACAACGUGUGGGCCAUCCACAUGGACGAGAAGCGUCACCCCAACCCGCGGGUCUUCAAUCCCGAUCGGUACAAGCACGAUCGUCAAAGCUUGGCUGAUGCAGCCGCCAACCCUGAUCCCACCAAGCGAGAUCAGUUCACUUUUGGUGCUGGUCGUCGAAUUUGCCCUGGGAUCCACAUUGCCGAGCGGAGCCUGUUCUUGGGAAUCUCGCGCAUGAUGUGGGCUUUCAAUGUCGAGCCAGCAUUGGAUGAAAAGGGGCAGCCCAUCUUGCCUGAUGCAGAUCGUUUGACCCAAGGGUUUGUCUGUAUGCCAGAGGAAUUCCCCGCUCGCAUCUCACCACGGUCGCAAGCCAAGGCGGAUAUGGUCAUCAAGGAAUGGAAGGAGGCGGAGCAACGAUGCUUGGAUCCAGAAACUAAGCAGUGGUUGCUCUCGCCUGUGGAAUGA